AUGGCCGAAUCAAGCACUUCAAACCAAGAGAAAUCCCAAUACCACCACUACAUCCCCCGAUUCAUCCUCCGCAACUACGCCCAUCCAGCCUCCCCCCCAAAAACCACCUCAAAAUCCAAAAAGCGCGGCAAGCGAAAAUCCACAGCACGGCAACCACCCCUGAUGCUUUCUAGCAUCGAUCUCUCGGGCGAGGUCGCUCAGAUCAAAGAAUCAACAGUCGAUAAGACAUUCGGGAUAACAGACAUGUAUCGAGAUUUCAGCCGCUCUACCAAGCAACAUGCGAUUGAGGAACAACUUUCCGUGCUCGAAUCUCGUGCGGGAGAGGUGAUAAGCGGGAUUCGCAGGGCGUUUGAAGCAGGGCGAGCAAGCGCUGAGAUAAAACGCCCGCAGAGGGAUGUGUUGCGGAAGUUUUUGUUCAUCAUGAAAUACCGGGGGAGGAGGUUUCACAAACGGUAUUUCCACGAAACCGCCGAGGAGUAUGAUGAAGAUGAUAAGGAGCGCAUGUUAGCGUAUAUGACCCAAAGAGGGUUUAAGAAGCCGAUUGACGUCUGGUUCGACAACAUCAAGGGGAUUCUGGAGUUGAAGAUGGAUUAUGAGAUGAACUGGAUGGAGACGAUCCAAGAGAGGAUCUAUCCGGAUGAUGCGAAAUGGUUUAUCAAUCAUACGCAGCAGUUUUAUAUGGCGUUGUGUACGCCGGCAGCCGGGGACGAGGAGUUUCUGCUCAGUCAGAAUGCGUAUGGGGUUCAUGAGGGGGCGUCGAGUAGUGGGGUUGAUCCGGGAUCCGGGGAAGUUAUACCAGGUGUAUAUACCGAGUUUCAUGUCUUCGCGCCGAUCGCUCCGAGACUUGUUAUUGUGCUGAGGACGUUCUUGCUUCCUGUUCCGGAGGAGGAUACGGAUCCGGACAUGAAGGCGUUGAGGGAGGGCUGGUAUGAGGCGGUUGUCUCACAGCACCUACAUCCUGAGAGUGUGGGCUCGGUUCUUAGGGAUCUGCCGAUUAUGAAAGCGCGGAACUCGUAUACGAAGAUUGUUGAUGGGAGUUAUGUGACGGUGAAUGGCGGCCCAAAGGGUGUGAGCGAUGUGUUUUACUUUCCGUUUUGCGCUGUUGAGACGGGGUUUGUGGAUAAGAUUAAUGGGAUCAUGUUGAAUGAGAGUCAUCGGAUUGAUGGGAUUGUGUUUGCUAAUAAGGCAGCUGCGUGCAAGACUAUCAGGAGUUACGUGAAUGAUUGCACGGAUUUCGGUCUUGAUGAGGAGCGCUUUCAGAAUGUUAAGAAAUUGCGACAAGCGCUUAAGUUGCUAGAUUCAAGUUCAUCAGACCAGACUGCGAGCGGUCAACCCGAAUUUGACGCAAUUGGUGUGGAGGCACUUAUUGGAUCGUCUGAUAAGGUGUUUGAACUAUUCAAGCAAAACAAAAAAGCAGCGGAAUUGUAUUCCGAAAUAACCAACAAUUCAACACUCGACCGCAAAGACUUCACUCAAGCACGAGGACUACUCUUCACACGCAUCAAACUCGACACCCGCACCCGCGGCCUCCCUCCAGCAAAGCGAGAGGAAGCUCGAACCAAAUUCCUCGAAGUCUACGACACUGUCCCAUUCCAAGUCAUAUGGAUCUAUCUCAAACGGAUCCGCUUUAUGAAACACGGCGGUACGAUGAUAAUGCCGGAGAAUGUUUUGGAGGAUACUGAGUUGGAUGUUGGCUUGCUUUUUGGGAUGGAAGAUGUUGUUGCGAGGGCGAAGGAUUGUUUUGAGGAUGGGAAGGCGACGAGGGUUAUGCAUUAUGCGUCGUUCAAUGAGGCGUUGAUUGCGAAGCCGGAUUGGGGACUAAUUGAGAUAUUGACUUUGGACGAUGAUGGGAUGAGAAGGUUGCAUGAGGAGAAGGAGUUGGUGUUGGGCGCUCAAGGUAGUAUUUGCGAUUGCGGUAUCCCCGUAUUGGAAGGCAUCGCGUCAGCAGCACGGGUUAUGACUACAACCGAACAACUUCAUAACGCAAGACAAUCUCCAUUCGACACUAUAUUCACGAAAGAUGAGAGGAUCGAAUUGGUUGUUCGAUCAUUAACACGAACAACGGUUGCGCAGACAAGAAGGACGCCUGAACACAGUAUCUCUGAGAAUUUGAUAUCUAUGAUGGGGACAUAUCCGGAGCUGGAGAAUGUUAUCUUCGAGGUGGUGUAUCCGCAAUUUGGGUUCCGUCAGAGGGUUGGAGAGAAUGAGAGUGCAGCUGAAGUUGCUGAAGUUGCUGAAGUUGCUGAAGUUGCUGAAACGACCAGCUCCAAUGAAGCGGCCGAGGUUCCCAAAGCAGAUGAGGAGAGGAGCUGCUCCAUACAAUGA